CUGCCGCUAAACUCCAGAAGAAGAAGAAUCCGCGCGAUGAAACUCCUUCCAUGCUUUCAGUGCCGCUCAUAGAGUCGCAGGCUGAACAUGGAUGCGCUCUACGGUCCCCUGGGCGUUGCCGCCGGUCUGGGCUGUGGACUCUUCCUCGGCUGGCACCUGCGGACCCGCCUCGGCCCCGCGUCCAAGAGCCUCAUGAAAUCGGCGGGGAACGGCUCUGGGGAGGCCAGCGUGAUGGGAGAAGGCGGGGAGUUCAAGAUGGUGCUGGUGGUCCGGAAUGACCUGAAGAUGGGCAAAGGGAAGGUGGCGGCCCAGUGCUCCCACGCCGCAGUAAGCGCUUACAAGCAGGUUCAACGCAGGAGCCCCGAGUUGCUCAGGCAGUGGGAGUACUGCGGCCAGCCGAAGGUGGUGGUGAAGGCGCCGGACGAGGACACCCUGAUAAACUUGCUGGGCCGAGCCAGGGAGGUGGGACUCACCGUCAGCCUCAUCCAGGAUGCAGGAAGGACUCAAAUCGCACCCGGCUCUCGCACCGUGCUGGGGAUCGGUCCUGGUCCGGCCGAGCUGGUGGACAGCGUCACCGGAGACUUGAAGCUCUACUAAAAUGUUGUCAUUCUGAACGUAGACUGUGAAGUCAGUACUGGAAUUACAUGUCGUUUCCACAACAGGACGUGAUUGCAGAUGUUUGUUAAAUAAACUAAUGGGCUCAACAUACAGUCAUUUGUCUUGCCAAAGUUGCACCGAUCCAGUUCUGAUACCAAUGCAGACAUGAGGUGCUUUGGUAUCUUCUGAGUGCUGAAUUGGCUUAGUGUUUUUUUUUUGUUUGUUUUUUAGCACAAACUGUUUUUAAUAUAGAAACAAACACUGGUCUCAAGUUUUUCAGGAACUAAUUACAAAAAAAUUCACUAAUAAAUGUACCAGAAAUCUU